AUUUGGUAAUUCAUUCAAAUAGCUGUCUGAAUAUUCUGCAUGCAUCGAUUGUAAUACAUCAAGACAUCACAUACAACGUUCAUAAAGCUUCUCCCAAGCUGAUUAGCUAGUCUUAACUGGCAAGAUGGAAGAUGUAGGCGUUACAAUCGUGAUUGGUUUCAUCAACAUUGUUGCGACAAUUGUGGAUUUUGUGUUGUAUUUACCAGAAUUGCUCACUGGGGGAUCUGAGAAAAAGAGCUCUUCACCAUAUGCCCAACAGACUAGUAAUGAACCAUCAGCACCAUGGAGAGCUUUAGAGUCAUUAGGGGAACUUGCAACAACAAUCUCCCCUGACUGCAAAACGUUAGAUGAACUAUUCAAAAGAGCUGCUCAAAUACACAGUGAAUCUCCAUGUUUAGGGACAAGGGAGGUACUAGCUGAAGAAGAUGAAACUCAACCCAAUGGGAAAGUUUUCAAAAAGUUUAUACUUGGGGACUACACUUGGCAGACAUUCAAAGAUGUUGACACAAGAGCAGAGAAUCUAGGAAGUGGUCUCGCAUCUUUGGGUCAGCAACCAAGACAGAACAUUCUUAUUUUUGCUGAGACUCGGGCAGAAUGGAUGAUCUCAAUGCAAGCGUGUCUCAAAUAUAACUUCCCAGUUGUGACCCUGUAUGCUACACUUGGAGAAGAUGCCAUAAUCCAUGGGGUCAAUGAAUCAGAAGUUACACAUCUAAUAACUAGUAAUGAACUCAUAGAAAAAUUUAAGAAAAUUCUCCCACAAAUGCCGAAUGUUGAACAUAUCAUAUACUUCGACUAUGGUCUCAAUAAGCCAGAUGUUAGUGGCUUUCCUGAAAAUGUCAAAUUACAUUCCAUGUCCAGAGUAGAAGAACUGGGCUCACGUGCAGAAAAUAAGAGUGUAGUACCACAGAAGCCAACCAGGGAUGACCUUGCAGUUAUAAUGUAUACGAGUGGUUCCACUGGAAUGCCUAAAGGUGUUAUGAUUAGCCAUGGCAACCUGAUGUGUGGCAUGGCUGGACAAUGUUCAAGAAUUCCAAAACUAGGACAAAUGGCAGACACCUAUAUUGGAUACCUUCCUCUUGCUCAUGUCUUAGAAUUAAGCGCAGAGAUGUCCUGUUUAGCAAAUGGUGUAAGGAUUGGCUACUCACAGCCUCUAACAAUAACUGACCAGUCCACUAAGAUUAAGAGGGGAUGUAAGGGAGAUGUCUCCGUCUUGAAACCAACACUCAUGGCAUCUGUUCCAGUGAUAAUGGAUCGUAUCUACAAGAAUGUAUGGGACAAAAUCAACAAUGGAAGCAAGUUUUCCAAGGCACUAUUUAACUGGGCAUACAACUAUAAAGCAAAACGAUAUAUCAAAGGUGGCGAUACUCCAAUUCUUAAUAAGCUCAUCUUUAAGAAGGUAAAGGCAAUCCUAGGUGGCAAUGUACGAAUGAUGCUUUGUGGGGGAGCACCUCUUUCUGCUGAGACUCAGCGCUUCAUGAACAUUUCAUUCUGUUGCCCUGUUGGACAGGGAUAUGGCUUGACAGAGACAUGUGGUGCUGGAACUAUAUCAGAUGCUACUGAUUUAACAACUGGGAGAGUUGGGGCUCCUUUGACCUGCUGUGAGUUCAAGCUGAUUGACUGGGAAGAAGGCAACUAUCGGAACACAGAUAAGCCUUUCCCGAGGGGAGAGGUGAUGGUGGGAGGGGGAAAUGUGACGCUUGGGUAUUACAAGAACCCAUCAAAGACUGCUGAGGAUUUCAGCGUUGUGAAUGGCCAGAGGUGGUUCUCUACUGGUGAUAUUGGAGAGUUUCAAACAGAUGGCGUGCUCAGAAUUGUCGAUCGUAAGAAGGAUUUAGUGAAACUUCAAGCUGGUGAAUAUGUGUCACUAUCAAAGGUUGAGACUGCUUUGAAAAUGUGUCCACUCAUUGACAAUUGUUGUGUGUAUGCUGAUAGCUCAGCCAUGUAUGCUAUCUGUCUUGUUAUACCCAAUCAGAAACAGUUAUCAGACCUAGGCACCAAACUUGGUAUUGAACACCAGUCGUGGGAGGAGCUCUGUGAAAAACCUGAGAUUGUGAAAGAGUAUCUAAAAGAAAUACAAGUGCAAGGCAAAAAAUCUAAACUAGAAAGGUUUGAAAUCCCCCAGAGAGUCAAGGUGUGUGAAUUGGUAUGGCUGCCAGAGACUGGACUUGUAACAGACGCUUUGAAAUUAAAACGCAAACAAAUACAAUCUUAUUAUCAAGAACAAAUUAAUGAAAUGUACAGUUGAAAACACACAGAUGGAAGUACACAUCGAAAUUGAUGGUUUUAAAUGCAGUGUUUGUCUCAUGAGAGAAACUUAUAGAAUUUACAGAUUUUUUUACUUCACCAAAACUCUUAUGUUUUGACAGAAAAAAACGUUGUAGUCUGAACAUAUU